UCUCACUGCGCCAUUAUGUGUGUUUUGGGAAUUCCAGAGCGAGACAAGCGGGUAUUGGUCUACUGAGGGAUGCAAGCUUGAAUCCACGAAUGACAACGUGUCUGUCUGUACGUGUGACCAUGUUACUAAUUUUGCAGUUCUGAUGAGCCCUUUUAGAGAGGCUGAUGCUUCCUCAAAGGCUCUGCGGAUUAUUUCCAUUGUUGGUAUCGGAGUGUCCAUGGCAUUUCUGUCGGUAACGUUUGGAGUGUAUUUCAUUCUUUGGAAGUAUUUGCGAAAUGACCGCACGACAGUGCUGAUGAAUUUGUGUGCUGCGCUUAUGAUUGCCUAUAUCACUUUUUUGUCUGGAGUUGACAGCACGGAAAGCAAUUGAUGCCAGCCGUUAUUGUGGGAAUAUUGCUCGGAGCAUCAAAACUUGAAGGCUACGG